AUGCCUCAUUUAACUAAAGUUCGUAGAAGUUGUAAAAAUGCACGUCUUGCAAAAGUAUUCAAGCCAAAUAAACCUAUUCAACAACAAAUACCAACUUUUCAAUUAAUUCCAAUUAAAAAUAAUAUAUUCAACCUAUUAGAAAUUGAAAAUUCAGUUAAUCAACAACAGACUUCAACCUCUCAAUUAACUGCCUCACAAAUAAAACAAAUAAGAAAAGAUUUAAUAACAAAAAUCAAUAACUUAUCUAAAAAAGAACUAAUAGCUAGUUCUCAAUUAUUUGUUAAUAUA